UAACUUCAAACGCAUGCAAAUCUGAUCAUGAUGAUCUCUAUCUUUAAGCUUUUGUGCAUCUUGGCAUUGGUGGUAGUGUGCGUGGACUGCGUCCCAGUCCGUCCAGAUCGUUCAGACAGUCACACCCUUCCUUUCACAGGAGAACAAAUGGAAACCUUGCUGUUGGCUCAUCAAACUGCAAGGGUGCAUGAUCUUGUUGAUGAAUCCAAAGAACGACGUCCACAAACUCCAAGAAGGAAAUUUGUCGCGGAGCAAGAUUUGGCAAAAUACGAUCGUAAUCGUGAAUUUCAACAUCAAUAUGAGAAAGCAAGUGAAAUGGCACAUUAUCUUUUACACGAAAGACCGAUUCGACACUAUGAACAAAAGGAAAAGAUGCAACAGCAAAGUCUGGAGUUACAUCAAGCAGCACAUGUGCGUCCUUUGGCGAUAAUGGGUAGGAAUAUACAUGCUAAAGCAGCAGAUGCAUUAUUGCCCAAACACUUCCGAGACUAA